CCAUUUAGUGCGAAAUCGUGUGCAGUCAAAUAGCAAUACACAGUAAAGAUCUACGUGAUAAAAUACAAAGUACGCACACAUUUAAUACUAUUGUCCAACUCAACUCAAUUUAUACGCAACAAAAAAAAAAACGGAGAAGGAAUCGAUCGUUUUUACCCUUUUUGCUGUUAUUGUUUUGGAAAAUAUUCAGCAAAAACGAUAAUUGGUCUUUUUUAUCGUGAUUUGAGUAUUAUUGCCUGCAACAAAUGUGGAGACAAGUGCGAAAAGAAUCAAACGAAACUUGAAAAAAAUUAUACAUUUUGUAUUGUGGCAACGAGCUGCAGUAUAUUGAGCGAGGCAGGCUAAGUACAUUUCAAUGAUAAUUUUGUUGUGUAAUUCAUCGAUGUGCAUGCAUUAUUAUUGUUGAAAUAAAAGAAGGCGAUUCGUUUUUGGCUACACGACGUCAAUACAAAUUGAUUUUAUAAAAGUGAUUUGCACAUUUACAACAACAACAACAAAUAGCUACGAACGGCUACAAUUUUCAUGAGCAGUAAUGAGUGUUGAUGCGUACGGUUCGAGCUCGCAGACGCUCACAUUUUUGGAUACUGAAGAACAUGAACUGAUCGGUGGAGCCGAUACACAGGGCACGGACUUUGACUUUCGUGAUUUUACCAUUCCAUCACAAAGUCAAACUCAAGCUUCACAAUUGGAUCAUUUGACGGGGGGAUCGAGUCAGUUGAAUGGAGUUGGUACAAGUAAACGAAAUGACAGCACAAAUCAAAAGUUGGCAAUUAUCUCGGGCGGAAUGGCCGAAUUGCAAUUUGAAGAAGAAGAUGAUGAUGCGGUGACACAAGUACAAGAAUUACCAUCACAUGCAUGCAAAUAUUGCGGUAUACAUGAGCCAAGUACCGUUGUCAUGUGUAAUAUUUGCAAAAAAUGGUUUUGCAAUGCACGAGGAAAUACAUCCGGUUCGCACAUUGUAAAUCAUCUUGUUCGUGCAAAGCACCGUGAAGUUACACUUCACUCCGAUGGGCCACUUGGCGAAACGGUUUUGGAAUGCUAUUCAUGUGGUGUUCGGAAUGUGUUCAUUUUGGGUUUUAUACCGGCCAAAGCCGAUUCGGUCGUUGUGUUGCUGUGCAGACAACCGUGUGCCGCUCAAAGUUCACUCAAAGAUAUGAGCUGGGACCAAGAACAAUGGAAACCACUCAUAUCGGAUCGAUGCUUUUUAAGCUGGUUGGUUAAAGUUCCAACCGAACAAGAUCAAAUGCGAGCCCGACAAAUUUCCGCAAGUCAAAUAAAUAAGCUGGAAGACAUUUGGAAGGAGAACAACGAUGCAACAUUUCAAGAUCUCGAAAAGCCCGGCGUUGAUACAGAGCCAGCACAAGUGCUACUUCGCUAUGAAGAUGGUUUUCAAUAUCAAAAAGUAUUUGGUCCAUUGGUUCGCUUAGAAGCUGAGUACGAUAAACGAUUGAAAGAGUCUCAAACACAAGAGAAUAUCGAAGUUCGCUGGGACGUUGGUUUGAAUAAGAAAACCAUCGCGUUUUUCACACUAGCCAAAAGUGACGGCGAUAUGAAGCUGAUGCAUGGUGACGAACUACGUUUGUCAUACGUCGGAGAAAUGCAUAAAGCAUGGUCUAGCACUGGACACGUCAUCAAAGUUCCGGAUAAUUAUGGCGAUGAUGUUGGUUUGGAGUUGAAAAACAGUGCCAGCGCUCCGAUUGAAUGCACAUCCAAUUUUGUUAUUGAUUUCAUUUGGAAGGGGACAUCGUUUGACAGAAUGCAGUAUGCUUUGAAUAAAUUUGCGGUUGACGAAAAUUCCGUUUCGAAUUACAUCUAUUCACGUUUACUCGGCCAUGGCAGACAGGAUGGAUCCGAUGAGAUUACGUUCCGUAAUCAAUCGUUGCCAAAACAUUUCAGUGCACCAAAUUUACCCGAUUUGAAUCGAUCGCAAGUGUAUGCCGUUAAGCAUGCACUACAGCGCCCACUUAGCUUGAUUCAAGGUCCACCUGGUACUGGAAAAACUGUAACAUCCGCAACGAUCGUGUAUCAACUCGUUAGACAGAAUGGUGGACCUGUGCUCGUUUGUGCGCCGAGUAAUACAGCCGUUGACCAACUUACCGAAAAAAUCCAUAAAACCAAUUUGAAAGUAGUACGUGUUUGUGCAAAAUCGCGUGAAGCAAUUGAUUCGCCCGUUAGUUUUCUCGCUUUGCACAAUCAAAUCCGAAACAUGAAAAGCAAUUCGGAAUUACAAAAACUGCAACAGCUCAAAGACGAAACCGGUGAACUUUCAUCGAGCGAUGAAAAACGCUAUCGAGCACUAAAGAAAACAUCCGAACGUGAAUUAUUGGAAGCAGCCGACGUUAUUUGUUGUACAUGUGUUGGAGCUGGUGAUCCCAGAUUGUCACGCAUCAAAUUCCAUUCAAUUUUGAUCGACGAAAGUAUGCAGUCCACCGAGCCGGAAUGUAUUGUACCCGUUGUUCUUGGAGCCAAACAACUUAUUUUAGUUGGGGAUCACUGUCAGUUGGGUCCAGUGGUUAUGUGCAAGAAAGCAGCAAAAGCAGGAUUAUCCCAAAGUUUAUUCGAGCGAUUGGUCGUUUUGGGCAUUCGUCCUUUCCGUUUGGAGGUCCAAUAUCGAAUGCACCCCGAGUUAUCGCAAUUCCCUUCGAAUUUCUUCUAUGAAGGUAGUUUGCAGAAUGGUGUUCGUGCUGAUGAGCGAAAGAUGAAAAAUGACUUCCCAUGGCCGCAACCAGAUCGUCCGAUGUUUUUCUUGGUGACUCAAGGUCAAGAAGAAAUUGCUGGUUCGGGAACAUCGUACUUGAAUCGAACGGAAGCAUCAAAUGUUGAAAAGAUCACAACAAGAUUCUUAAAAUGCCGUGUCAGUCCCGACCAGAUUGGUAUAAUUACACCGUACGAAGGUCAACGUGCAUAUUUGGUACAAUACAUGCAGUACCAAGGUUCAUUGCAUUCGAAAUUAUAUCAAGAAAUCGAGAUUGCCAGCGUUGAUGCCUUUCAAGGGCGUGAGAAAGACAUUAUAAUCAUGUCUUGUGUUCGUUCGAAUGAACAUCAAGGAAUCGGUUUCUUAAAUGAUCCACGUCGAUUGAAUGUCGCUUUGACUCGUGCAAAAUACGGUAUAAUCAUUGUUGGCAACCCCAAAGUAUUGUCAAAACAACCGCUUUGGAAUCAUUUGCUAAAUUUCUACAAAGAGCGUAAACUAUUGGUGGAGGGUUCUCUAAAUAAUCUCAAAGAGUCGAUGGUUCAAUUCUCCAAACCGAAAAAGAUUGUGAACACUUUUAAUCCAGGAACCCAUUUUAUGUCGAAUACAAUGUAUGAUGCAAAAGAAGCAAUGGGAGCCGGAUCAUUUUAUGAUAAGAAUGGAGCAAUAAAUAAUGGUGGCCUGGGUGGAUUCAAUGGUCCGUAUAUGCAACAACAAAUGCCAAUGCAACAACCGAUGCCAAAUGCAGGCUACCAAAGAAAUCCAGCCGACAUGUUUGGACGAAAUCCAAAUCAUGAUCCGAUCAGUUACAUUUCACAAGAUCGUGUACAAGCGGCUAUGAAUAAUAAUAUGCCCGUACCCGUUGGCAUGUUCAUGAACACAAUGUCAAAUGUCCCAAUGAAUCGUUUCUACAAUCAAGCAGCACAGGCGGCUCAACAAAAUCAACGUCGUAAACCAUCAAAGACUUUGCCGAAACCACGUCCCAAUAACUCUCAAUUCAGCCAAGGCAGUCCGCUUACCCAGGGAAUGUCACAGAAUAUGAGCUUAUCACAGCAACCUGGUUUCAGUUUGUCACAGCAACCCGAUCUGCUUUUUAGUGAUUACAUGAGUGGUGACUAUCAAUCACAAAUGGAUAAUAUUCUGUCACAAGAUUCAUCAUUUCAGAGUCAAGGCGCAAAUUUUGGUGCAACAAGCAGCGGUGUUCCACCGUCAAAUCGUUUUCCGUAACAGAGCUUGGGUUUAAAAAAUUAAAUGUGAAUGGUGUUAAGUAACAAGUGGAAAUACAGAAAUUGAGUUACGUUUAAGGCCAUGGCGAAUAAAACAAUCAAACGGUACGUUCAAUCGAAUCACACAGCGCAGCAUAUGUAUUUCAUUCAAAUCAACUUCAAAUGGGGAUGCUUCAACUGAGUGAAACGUCAAUAAAAAUAACAAAAUAUGCUGUAUGUAGUGAAACACAUCAAACGGAGCAAAGAAAAAGGAAUUUGAGGAGGUGGAGUUGUGGUACACCAAAAAAACGCACACAACUACCGAAACGUAAAAAGUCAACUAAAUAUCAACUUAACUAAAUAAAACAAUCAAGAAAAAGAAAAUUGAAAAAAAAUGCGCAAUAUGAACCGACAUUUGCUUGAACAAAUUGUGUUUGAAAUGUCUCAUAAUCAGUUAAAUUCAAUUAUUAUCAGUCAGACGCAAAAUUAAUUUGCAUGAAAACGAAAAACAAGUCGCAGAAACAGCAGCUGUAUAUGGUUUGCAUUGCACGCGUAAGAACAUGACAAUCGAAUCGAAGGAGAACCGACAACCGAGUUGAUAACAGAACGGCAGAAAAAGAGCAGUUGAUUCUCGAAAUGGCAUGGCUUUGAAUUGAAAAAUUAAUUGAAUUUGUGGCUAUUUAGUAAAUUAUCAUUCAAUACUUAUUGGAAGAUGGAUUUGAACAUCUUCCGGCUACUCGAAAAUAAAAGAAUUACAAAGAAUGUCUUUUGAAAUCAGCCGUUCGACUCCUCGAAAUUUAUGCCGAGAUAAAAAAUUGUUCGGUUUGAAAUGGAUUCAAAGUACUGUCGGUCGUCACUGAAAACUUAAAGUACUGCUUCCAUUUUUAAGAAAACAUAUUCACGCAUACUAAAUGCAAACUCGAAAUUUUCGUUUUAUUGACAUUUUAACCACAUUUGUUUUUUCACAAUUUUAUCAAAUUUCGAUUUUAUUUUUCGUAAUCUUACGUUUUAGCACAGUUAUUAUUAAAAACCUCAUUUAUUCUUUUUCUUUCACAUUCAAUUUUUCUUUAUCAAUUUACAAAAAAAAAUGCUUCCUAUUUUCAAUUCAAU